AUGGAAAAAGGCGAACUUGAAUUUCUUCAACAGCAAGGUAUUGUAUUCAACAAUGUUAUUGCAAAAGGUGGAUUUGGAACAAUCUAUAGUGUAUACCAUGUUAACUACAAAUCAACAUUCGCUUUAAAGUUUAUUCCAAUGAUAGCGUUUAGUCAAUCCGAACUCGACUGUCUAAUUGCAUUAGAUGAUCCUAAGAUUAUUCGUUUAUAUAAAUAUUUCACGUAUAAAGACAAUUGUUACAUGCUAAUGGAACUUUGCACAAAUGACCUCGAAAAAUAUAUAAAGAUGAAAAAGAAUAUUGAUAAAUUCGAAAUGAGAAAACUGAUUCAAGACCAUUCAAAUUCAAAAUCAAGCAUCUCGGCUAAAAGACAAAGAUUUGGUUUUCAAAUUAGCAAAUAA